GCUGGUCAGAGAAUGUGCUCCAGUGAGACUUCCGCAUUCUGAGCCUUUUCAGGAAAGCAGCAAGGAGUCUCCCUGCGCCUCCAAAGCCAAGGGCACGGAUGGCAGGAGCGCCACUACAGGCACUGCACCCGCCAUCAACCCCAGGCAUACGGUAAAGAGGGCUACGGGAGAAAAGGGAUGAAGGAGAGGUCCCAGCAAUGCCAAGGGUGGAAAGAGCUGAAAUGAGCGGUGAACUUCCGCUAAGUCCGUACACAGGCCACCAAGAAACCCAGCUUUCCACCACCUACCCCCUCGUGGCUACGAGAGGCUCCAAAUGACAGACCACCUGGGCGUGCUCUUGGAUACUGUCAGGAGGCUCUCCCAAGCUCGACCCACGGGAAACUUCCCUUCUGGAAGAAACAAGCCAGAGGGAUGCUGUGUCCAGGGGCUCGGGGUCCACGGACAGGAAGGAGGGAAUGGAACCCUCCUCCUCCUCUUAGUGCCAAUACUGAAUACUGAUAGUUCUCACUUCAGUAGCUCCCAACUCUCCGGUGCGGGGAGCUGUCUGCACCCCAGGACUCUAGGGUGCCACUUGGAAGGCUCGCUCCAGUCUCUCCAGAGCUGGCUUCCUGAAGGCGCUCACAGACCCACGGUGACAGCCACUUUCUGUUACAUCUUUUCCCCUGGCUGGCACUCCUGUGACCACAGAGAAGGGAAGGGCAGCCGACAAGGCCCUUUGGGACCAGUCUGGAUUCUCACUUCCAACAUGCCGACUCCUAGCCGCUCUGCAGUGUGUGGAGCCUCAGCUCACUGCCCAGCAGGUACAGCACCCCACUUCCAGGGAGGGCCUGAUGCUGCACCCCACAGCCGACUCCUAAGUGCUGCUGAAGUUCACCUGCUCUGGGCCUUGGCCUUCCUGCUGCGGACAGAGCGCUGAGUGAAAACCCUC